AUGCGUCAACAAAGGUGGCUCGAACUUCUGAAAGAUUACGAUGUUCGGAUACAGUAUCAUCCGGGUAAAGCUAACAUAGUCGCCGAUGCUUUAAGCCGUAAAGCUGUGGAACAAGUUUCUUCUUUAAUUGUUUCUACAGAGUUGGCUUUGGAAAUCGAACGGUUUGGACUAGAAAUUUAUCCGAGAAGGGUUGGAGCUGUGACCUACAGGUUAGCUCUACCGCCACAAUUGACCCACGUACAUAAUGUGUUCCAUGUCUCCUCAUUGCGAGGAUACAACUAUAAUCCCCUACAUGUCAUUGAAUAUCCUUUGGACCAUAUAGAGCCUGAUCUAUCUUAUCGUGAGGAGCCUGAGGCAAUUCUUGAUCGCGAUGAGAGAGACAGUAGUAAUAUUGAGCCUAACUACUUUUUCCCAUCAGAUCUUGAUGGCAUAACUUCUUCACAACAAGAAGUUGAUUAUGACAUAGGAGAGAGUUCAGAAGGAAUAAAGUUUUUUAUCCUGAAGGUCGAUAACGCGCUUAAGCCAAAAAUGAAAGCACAAUAUGCGACUAUAAAUGAAGUCGAAAGGAUGUACAGGGCUUAUGCGGACAACGCCGGCUUUGAUGUUCGCAUGCAUGUAAAAAAGACGAACAAGAAUGGCGAAAUUCAAACUAGGUGGUUUGUAUGCAGCAGGAAAGGAAACCCAAAAAAGAAGGAUUUUGAUUCGUUGUACAUGCAGCCGGGUGAGAGGAUUUAUCGUAAUACAAACAUCAAACGUUGUGGUUGUAAUGCUUGUAUAAAAAUCCAUUUGACAAAGGAUAGGGCUUGUUACGAGAUAUAUGAGUUCGUUGAGGCACAUAACCAUGCAUUGUUCAAUAAUAACGAUCGUCGUUUCUCUCGGAAGAAUAGACAGAUGAAGUAUACAGAUUUCAAAACUGUAAUAAAUCGCUCAAGCUACAAAGUCGGCACGAGGAGGGCUCACCGUAUUCAGACCGCAUUGAACGGUGGAUUUGAGCAUACUCGCAUCUCUGAAAUCGACUUCAAGAAUUUCAAGAGGGAUGCUGAGUUGAGUGCAAUUUUCUGGGUGGAUGAAGUUGCUAGAAUUAACUACAAAGAAUUCGGUGAUGUCAUUUCGUUCGACGGUACCUUUCGCACUAACAAGCAUGCAAUGAUUUUUGUUCCUUUCUUGGCUGUUGACAACCAUAAGGCGUCUGUUGUUGUUGGAUCCGCUCUUAUAAGUGGAGAGACGAUUGAUAACUUUACAUGGGUUCUAAAGGCCUUUCUAAAGUGUCAUGCGAAGCAACUAGUGUUCGUAAUUACAGACCAAUGUUCUGCAAUGAAGCAGGCUAUUCUGAAGGUGUUCACGGAAUCCAAGCAUCGGCUAUGUAUGUGGCACAUUAUGAAGAAGGUCCCUUCAAAGGUUAGUGUCGCCCUAAAUCAUGAUCCUACGUUCAAUAAAGUCAUCAACAAGCUCGUAUGGAACAUUCAUAUUGGCCCAUCGGAGUUCGAGAGCCGUUGGAAUGAGAUGAUAGAUAAAUACAAUCUAGCUGGGGAUACUUGGUUUACAGAGAUGUAUGAAAUCCGACACUCGUGGAUUCUCGGCUAUUACAAGGACACGCCAAUGUCUGGGCUAAUGAAAACAACCUCAAGAUCCGAGAGUUCGAAUUCAUAUAUCAACAUAUAUGAAUUGUACUUGUUUGAUUUGGUGCAAUUCCUUAAUAAUUACGACGUAGCUAUAGAGAAACAAAGAUACAGACAAUCUGUUCACGAAACAGUGACGAGAACGACUAAUCCCAAGUUUGUUACUCCAUUGCAUUUAGAAAGUCAUGCAUCAAGCAUAUACAGUCGGAAUGUGUUUUUUGACAUCCAAAAGGAAAUAAAGAAGGCUGUUUGGUUUUGUGCUAUUGAGACCGUCGAAUGCCGGGAUGAUUUCAAGUCGUUCGCGAUAAGCCACAAGGCCAAGAAAUCAGCUGACAACAUCACGUAUCUGGUGGGCCGUAAUUACUCAACAAACACAGUCGAAUGCGAUUGUAACCUAUUUACACGUAAUGGGUAUCUUUGUCAUCACGCGUUCAAGGUACUAAUAAAUGACGAAGUUGAAUGCAUUCCGGAAAAAUACGUAUUACGUCGAUGGAAACGAGAGUUGGUUCCAGUACAGAUACAGUCCGCAAGAGUUCGUUAUGGGGAGGUCAACACCGAGAAAGAAAAAUUGGGGCGUAACCUCGAUAAAUUCAUGGUUGAUAUAGAGAAGGAAGUUCCAUACGAAGACCCAUCCCAACAAAAGUUGGAUGCGAUAAGAGAUCAUCUAGGUGUUUCCAUAGCUGAUGAGGUGGACAUUCUACCACCAUCUGGAAUAAGGAACAAAGGUUGUGGAACUGGCAAGAGGCUGGUAAGUGUAUCUGAGAAAAUGCAAACUAAUUGCAAAAAGGCUAAAUGA